UUGAUGGAACAACGUAGGAAACUACAGUGGUGUAAGUACUGUGUGCGGAUCCUGUCCACCGAGUAGGAGCACUGGAAAUCAAGACCACCACUUUGUGAUAUUGCAUCUCUAUCGCUACUGACGGGCAGUAGGCAGCAAAUUGUACUGGGCAGAGACCAUGCUGUGUCAUAGACAGUGAAUUCUUUAAACACUAGAGAAGAACUUGCUUAACUAACCUUGCUACAUCUGAAACUUCAGAUAACUACAGCAAAGCAAGAAAACUCAACAACUGUGCAAUUGCUGUCAAGUAUUUAAACUUUAAGCCUGCAUCCUACUGAUAUUGGAAGCUCUACUAAGCCUGUAAAAAUACUUUGGGAGACUCUGAAGAACCAGGUUUGAUACCCGACGUUUGCACUUAUAACUUUGUUUAAACCGAGGGCAACCGAAGUAAAUCAAAAGGCACUUGGACGUAAUACAUUAAUUAACCGUACAUAACGUGCAGUUAAGUAUCGUGUGUACGUUUGAAUUUGUGCUCUGUUUGUCGUGCUUGUUGCCUAACUUGACAAUUUGUAAGAGUGCUAGAGAAGUGUCUAUGUCUACCAAAAUGGAACAGCCCUUCUACCAUGAUGACUCCCUCCUCUACAUGACUGCCCAUCCGGAGUCUGCACUGAAUGACUACAAACUGCUCAAAUCCAACCUCGGACUGAAUCUGAGUGCAGGCCAAAGCGAGUUCCACUUUCGGAAUCACAAAGCACAACUGGCAGCUAGAACCAACCCAGAUGCCACAUCCGGCUAUUACGACGCAAUCACCAACUCGCUGAGGCUUGCCUCUCCAGAUCUGGAGCGCCUGAUUAUCCACAAUGCCAAUGGAGUGAUCACUACUACGCCAAGCCCAGUGGGACCAAAUGGACAAUAUUUCUAUCAGGGAAGAAGCAUCACGGAAGAGCAAGAAGGUUUCGCAGAUGGGUUUGUCAAAGCACUAGACGAACUGCAUAAAAUGAACCAUCCAUCACCUCCCAACGUGUCAAUUGGGGGACCUGUUGGGAUGCCCAUCUGUACUAUGGCACCUGGGAGUAGUACCAGCAGCACUAUCUAUGGGACAUCAUUGCAUCCGGAGUCACCUGUCUACACCAAUCUUACCACCUAUAGCCCUAGCGUGGUCACCUCCACUUAUCCAACAGCUACCAUCAGCUACCUGCCUCAGCCACAUUUCAGUAGUCACAGUGGCCUACACACAGCAACUCGGGGGCCCGUACUGAAAGAGGAACUACAGACUGUGCCUGACUGCAACACAAGUAGCAGCAGCAGGAGUGACUCUCCGUCCAUGUCACCCAUUGAUAUGGAGAACCAAGAGCGCAUCAAGGCAGAAAGGAAGCGUCUGCGUAACCGUUUGGCAGCAACAAAGUGCCGCAAAAGAAAGCUGGAGCGGAUCGCACGUCUGGAGGAGAAGGUGAGGAGUUUGAAAUCGGACAAUGCUGGACUCUCUAACACAGCUAGCCAGCUGCGAGAUCAGGUUGCCCAGCUCAAGCAAAAGGUUAUGAAUCAUGUGAACAGUGGAUGUCAGCUAGUAAUUAAACCACACGCGUUUUGAAGGUUGGGUAUCUGGCUGCACUCUGUUGCAAGUUGUCAGACAGAAAAAGUUUAUGAAAGCCACGUUGGUUUCAGAAUGUAAAAUAAUGUCGAAGUUUGUAGCAAUGUGGCCGGAGGAGAAGAAUGAUCGCCUCCAACUCUGCACUUGAACUGAGUAGGUUCGCAGCUGCAGUGGCCAUGUCUACUGUCAUGGUUAAGUUUACUGGCUGCUGUUGCAUGUGCUGUGGUCAUCAGGAUCAUUGCAGCCUGCCCUGCUCUGGACUGAUUUGACCUUUGGGUCAAAAGAUACUGAUUCAAGACUUUAAAAGUACAGUACAGGUUAGGUGGAACAGAUUAAAUGUCUCAUUGUUGUUUCUGGGACUGUGCUGAAUGUUUUACUUACUACGUUGAGUUAAUUCACAUUGAAUAGUACAGGUGCACACGUUGCACCAUUUGGGGAAAACGCAUGCACUUCAAAAAUGUUUAAUUUGUGUCCAGGUACUGUUGCGCAUACCUCUCAAGUUGUAUGAUUUAGUCAUAGCCUUGUUUUUAUGGCUUCGUAUUUACCUUUCCUCUACUGUUCUCGUUGGUGUUCUUAGUAAAGAGAAGUCACCAAACUUAGCCUACUUGACUGUCUUAAAUAUUAGCAGUUUCAGACCUACUGUUGUGUAAACUGUUCACUUUCUGUUUUAAAGUCUGAAGGGCAAGUGCUAUAAAUUACAAGUAUCAUAAGUUGAGACAUAUGCUUUCAAUGUUUUAUAUUAACGUUUGUAGAAACUUCUGGGAGACACUGUUGUCUUAAGACUAGUGAUUGUCAUAAAACACUUUAGAUAUGUAUAUGGGAGGAUCAUAUGCACAUGAACUUGUUGUGUUUCAUAAAAUAUUGUUAUAAAAGAGGGGAGGGUGGGUCACUACAAGAUAAUGUGGAUUUAAGUUAUUUCCUUGUUCACUGCUUGGCUGAGCCAAGUAAUGAAACGAGAUCUUUUAUUUGACACUUCUGAGUUGAUCUGUUUACGUUUUUUUACCAGAAUAUUUAAGUAAAUAUUAUUGUACAUACA